AUGUUAUUGGCUACACUCUAUGGUGAUAAUGCCGACACUGGGCGGCUUGAACUUGCAGGGCUUAGGCGGCGCAGUCUUGCUCUUUUCGACUGCGUUCGACAGGUGCUCCACGUUGGUGCGCUUGACAAGGGGGAGGAACUUGUCCAGGCACCUGAUGAAGCAACAGUGCACCCUCGAUCCCGAAGGCGACGUGAAAAAGCGAUGACAGACCGCCAGCGAGGAGAACAGCGUUUCGUUUGGGAACUGAAGCGACAUAAUCUUCGAGGGCUUGUGGUACAUGCACCGAAUUCCGAUUUUGGCGAGUGCAUUUGCGAUUUCGUUGGCGUCCUCUGGGUUCGAGACGUAGGGCGACACGAAGGUUAG